AUGGCCCCUUCUCAGCCGGAAGCUCAGUCUACCUCCGUUCCAUCGCUGCCUGUAAAACACCGCGAGCUUGUUCCGUACAUUGCUGCCUACGCGAAGACCCCCAUCUCGGAGCUUCUUCAGCCUUUCAAUCAGCAUGAAGCAAAACUACGCGAGCUCUUCGCGCAAGAGCCCGAGCAUCCGACGUUGUCUGAUCCCCAUGUCAACACUGUCCCUGUCUUCGAUGGUCAUGAGACUGAGAUUACCGUCCGCGCUCGCGAUCUCGGCGCUGAGUCGCCAGAGGAGAAAGAGCGGUACCUGAUGCCAUUGAAGGACGAAGAGCGGAAGUCCACCGGCGCGCCUGCUGUCGUGCAGUCUUUCAAGGACUUUCAAACGAACUUCAACCUCUUUUCCGAGUCGAGCUUGGUCGAUCUAAACUGGAGUAACGUCGUCGCCGCUGGGAGUUCGGUUGUAACAUCGUUGCUACCAGUGCCUGAGAAGUACGGUGGAUCGAAGAAGACACUUCGCCAGUACUACCAUGAGAUUCUCGCGCCAGCCUCGGACGUCGACCUGUUCCUGUAUGGGCUUACUGAGGACGAGGCCGUUGAGAAGAUCAAGCAGAUUGAGAAAAGUAUCAAGGACUCCAUUCUUUACGAGACAACAACCAUCAGGACGAAGAAUGCCAUCACGAUCGCCAGCCAAUACCCCACCCGGCAUGUGCAGAUCGUCCUCCGCAUCUAUAAGUCUAUCUCAGAGAUCCUAACCGGGUUCGAUGUCGAUUGUUCCUGCGUAGCAUACGAUGGGAAGCAAGUUUAUGUCACGCCACGCGCUCUGGCCGCCUUUGUGACUCAGUCCAACCAGAUUGAUCUAACGCGGAGAUCACCUUCUUACGAGAGUCGCCUUUCCAAAUACUCUCAUCGUGGCUUCGAAGUGUACUGGCCGCUGCUGGACCGGACACGGAUUGACCCUACCAUCUUUGAGAGGAGCUUCUCCGGAACUGUUGGCUUAGCGAGGCUGCUCGUGCUGGAGAAGCUGCCUAAGGCGUCCGAUCGUGACAGGUACAUGGACCAGAGGCGCUCCGAACGCGGCCGCCCUCCGCUCGACCGCUAUCGGCGCUACCGGCACUCCAUUCGCGGAAACAUCAAGGACGACUAUGACGAUGAAGUCGCAGACUGGGUCGAAGAGGACGAGGUUUCGAAUUACCAUACCUUUACCAUUCCCUACGGUCAGAAGUUUCAUGCAAGGAAGAUCGAGAAACUCCUCUACACCAAGGACUUGCUUCUCAAUGCCGAAUGGAACAAGCCGAAGGAUCGCGAGGUCAACCUCCAUCGUCACCCUGCGUUCUUUGGCAGCGUUGAAGAUGUCAUACAUGAUUGCUGCGGAUACUGUCCGAAGCCAUUGACCCCCGAGGACGAAGAAGUGGCUGAAGCUGAGAGCAAGGUCUACAUUUCCGGCAACAUCUCGUUCAUCAAGGACGAUCCUGGACGACAAGCAAUCGGUAGCUUCAAUCCUAUCACCGACGAUGACUGGACGGAAAUGGCAUAUGUGGGGAAUACUGCCCGCCUAUGUCAAGCAAUCGUUGAUUGCGAUCUCGAGCAUGUCCAAGAUUGGCUGGCCCAAGAAGGCUCAAAUCCAAACCGUCGCGACUACACCGGACGCACGCCUCUACACCUUGCUGUUAUCAGCUCGACCCCGGAGAUUGUGCAAUGCCUCAUUGAUCAUGGUGCCAGACUUGUUGCUCGCCUUGCCGAUGGCCGAACAGCUUUGCAUCUGGCGGCAGCAAGAGGAAGUGCCCACAUGGUUAAAUCUCUGCUGGGAAAGAGCGAGCAAAAUGAAGAGGAAGAAGCGCGCAAGGAGGAGCUCCGAAAGCAAUCCAAAGCAAUCACGCCGAAGGAGGAUAACAAUGCAAGUUCUGCCACCGGGGAGGACGACGAUGUGGAGAUGGUUGACAUCGAGGAGGAGACCUCAGACGAUGAGGUUGCCAUGCGCUCGACCACGACUGGGUCGUUCGUUGACAUAAAACGUAGCCAAGACCAAGCCAAUAACGGCAACCUGAUUCAAGAGGAGGAUCAAGAUGAGCCGGACAUCUAUGAUGUCAACGUCGUUGCUUGGGAUGCGCCUUGUUCCCCACUCCAUCUCGCCAUUGUGAACGGCCAUGUGGAUGUUGUCCAAGAAUUGGUACAGAAUUUCGGAGCGGAUGUCUUGCUGCCUAUCAAGCUUGCCGUCUCUACUGGCGGAGGCACCGCGACGCUGACUCUCGUCCUCGCCCUUCAAUUGCCCGCGGCCAAGGCCCAGGAGAUGACACAGACGCUUCUAAAAUUAGGAGCGUCAUCGGCUCAAGCGGACAUGAAUCAGGCCACUGCGCUGCACUACUAUGCGGCCACAGGUUCUGACUGCCUACAGGUGCUAUUCGACUAUGAUGCGCCUGCGGUUAAGAGGGCUUUAAACCACCUCGCUGUCGGCGGCAGUUCCUACAACUACUUAGCUAUCAGCCCUCUCAUGGCUGCCAUCGAGGCGCGCAAUGCACUCGGAGCUAUAAAGCUGCUAACUGCUGGCGCCGCUCCGUCGGUAGACUUCGACAGGUUCAUCAAGUCAUAUCAGACCAAAUUCGAGAACAACUACGGCCAGGACCCCGAACAGCACCAGAAGAGGUUCAAGAAGCAGUUAGAACAGCCUGUCAUCCUUGCAGUGGAAUAUGAACGGCCUGCUGUCGUGCUCGAGCUGUUGCGGCGCGGUGUGGAUCCGAAUACUCUGACGCGGCUCGCGCACCAACGGGUCGAUAAUGGUUACCCGAGCGAUCAAUCCGCCGUCGGUUCGCUGCUCGAUCGUGUUCAAGCAAAGAUCACUCAGCUCAACAAUUAUCUGAAUUUGGAAAAGAGUGCUCACGGUUCGACUGUGGAGCAGCUCCAGGAAGAUGCAUAUUACCUUAAAGGACUUGUGGAGGGUUCUUACAAGCAUUGGUUCGCUAAGAAGGAGCUACAGUGGGCGAAAGCGCAUAUAAAGAGGCAGCAGGAACAGAACGAACGUAUUGGCAAGAGUACCGAGGAGAAGAAGGGUGAGAAAGAGAAAAGGGAGGCAGCUAAGCAGUUGAUGGCUCAAUACGAAGUCGUCCUAGCCGAGCUCGAAAAGAAGGGAGCGAAGUCAUUCAAGGAACUGUAUCCUGAAGCUCAGGAACACCCAACUGGAAUAACUUACCCAUACAACUACAAGCCUGCAAAGGCGGAGCCUUUCACCAUCAAGUUCAACUUCCAAGUGCCUGAUCUGACGGAGACUCGUAAGGAGGCCUACCUUGAGCUAUUCCAAGCGGCUUGGUCAGGCGACUUGGCCACGAUCAAGAAGCUCACUCUUGCCCCGUGGGGCCCGGAUGCUGACAGGGUGCCACUCAAGAUUGCCAUACAAGAUUCAAAAGGGUUUUCACCAUUCCACGUCGCCGUCCUACGCGGACAUUUACCCGUCGCCAAAGCCAUUUUAGAGGUUGCUCAAGCACAGUACCAGCCAAAGAAAGCCCAGCGAAUGAAAUACACGAUGAACGAAGACGAUGAGUACAGCGAUGAAGAUAGCGAAGCCGAUGGCGACAGCAUUCACGUCUACAGCGCUCUGGUUGAUGAACAAUUUACCAUCGACAACAUUGGAGAAGUGUCAACGCAAGUCAAGAGCGAUGUAACCCCAGUGGCUAUGCUUAAUCGGAGUUGCCCGGUUUGGAGCUUGGUCGGUGACAAAGAUAACCAAAAUCUUCCUGGAAGCCUGCUAAUGUAUGCUAUCAAUACGGAUGAUGUUAAUCUGGCCAAAUAUCUGCUGAACCUAGGUGUUGAGUUUUCCACUCACCCCAAGGACGACAAUGAGUCUUCGAGCAUUUACUCUGUUUCCUACUCCGAUUUCACGUACGCCAUGGAGCUCGGCCGAAUUCACAUCCUUGCCGAGAUCAUCAAGCGUACUGGUGCGGGAAUUCCCUUGGAUGACUUGGUAAAGAAGAGCGGCGUGGAAGUGGCGGAGAAGCCAAAGUACUACCGCGGACUGUCUGUUCAUGGCAAGAAGCGAGCAGAUUGGGCGGCAGCGGGCCGCGGUGAUCGGGUCCCAUCGCAACCGACUGUGAAGCAUCCGCCGCUCCUUGAAGCUGCCUACAGCGGGAGCAUCGAAAGCGUUGAGUGGUUCCUGAGUGACGCUCCGAUGCGGUAUUACUCUACGUUUGCAUCCACCAACAAGCGCGAUGAGCGCUUGCAGAAUCUGGCAAAGGCAUCUGGCGGUAUUGAUCAGUCCGUUUAUAGAUGGCUUGCUACGCGCGAUGACCUUAUUGUCCACUGCGCCAUCCUCUCAAAUCCAUCCGACACCUCCGUUUCUCUCAUCAACUACCUCAUCCGUACUUUCCCCUCGGGUCUUGAGAAGAAGUCCCAAUCCGGUCACACUCCGUUGCACGUCGCCUUCUCGCUCCGCCGCGUCGCCGCCACUAAAGCUCUCCUGGCCGCAGGCGCAGACCCCACGACCCGCGACCACCGUGGCAACAACAUUCUGCACAGCCUCCUCUGUCCGAUCUCCAACCAAGGCAGGAUCUUCGCCAACGACAAAUACCUCAACGAGAUACUGGAACUGCUCGACCCUGCCCUUAUCGCAACCCUCGCCACUCAACGCAGCGCCGAUGGGCCCGGCUCAGCAACUCCGCUAGCAAGAUGGACGAAAUCGAUCACGAACGACUCCUGGUACUCCAGCACCCAGCGCUACCAAAGCAGCGUCGUCGACGAAAAUAAACACGCCGCCGUCCUCCGCAUCAUUCUAGCCUUUUCGGCUAACGGUGAGGAGCUCGCGCUUAUUGACGGCGCGGGUGACACGCCGCUCCACACCGCUGUGCGUAUAAAGGCGCCUCGCUUGCUGGACCUUAUGCUCGAGAAGCGCCCGGAUCUGCUGUACAGGGAGAACGCGACUGGUCGGACGCCCGCGGAGAUGGCGCGGGAUGCGUGGAUCCAUCAGGUUGUGUGGAAUGCGCCAAAGCUGAAGGGCUUGGACUCUUACAGCAUGUACCGGUCCAAUGUACAGGGCUUGGUGGAUCGGAGUCCGGAAACCUUCGUUGAGGAGAAGGAUGAGAGGAGUGAUGAGAGGAAGGUUUGGGAUGUGUGUCAGAACUGGAUGGAGAAGGACAACGCUGGGAGCAGGAAGAGGAAGCUGGUGAGUCUGUUUGAGGCGAAUGAGGUGGCGAAGAGGGUUGCGGGGCAGCAGGGUGUGCGUGGGAGGUAUGGUCCCAGGGCGAUGUUUGGAACGGAGGCGAUGGAGGAUCAGAAGAAUGAUGAGAAAGAAGACGAGGAUAAGUGUGACGAGAUCACGGCGUGGUAUGCCACGGCUGCUCAGUGGGAGGAUAAUCCAUCCUAUGUCGCUCCUUCGCCUUGGCGAAGUGGUCGCUAA